AUGAGUUCAAUGGGGUGGUCUUUUCAGGCAUAUUUGAUGAACCUCAUCCUCAUCCUCAUCCUCAUACCAGUUAUCAUCAUCCCUCUUGUGCUUGGUUGCUACAAUUCAAUCAUCGCCUUUGGAGAUUCACUUACUGAUACAGGCAACUUAUACAACAGCUACCCUAACAAAUCUCUCAACUUCUUCCACCCGCCAUAUGGAGAGACCUACUUUCAUCAUCCCACAGGACGAUGCUCGGAUGGUCGUCUAGUCAUAGACUUCAUUGCUGAGUUUCUGGGACUUCCACUGGUACCACCUUAUCUUGAAAGCCAGGACAGUAAUCAAAGUGUCCAGAACUUUGAAGCGGGUGUGAAUUUUGCAGUAGUAGGAGCCACGGCGUUAGAUGCUGCCUUUCUUGCAGAAAUGGGGGAUUCUACUUCAUUUACCAACAACUCUCUAAGCAUUCAACUGGAGUGGUUCAAACAAAUGCUGCCAUCUCUAUGCAACACAUCUUCAGACUGCAACAAACUCCUUUCAACUUCUCUAAUUCUAAUGGGAGAGAUUGGAGGCAACGAUUACAACAAUGCAUUGCUUGCAGGAAAAAGUAUAGAAAUGGUUCAAGCGUAUGUACCAUUAGUGAUAGAAACAAUUGCUUCAACCAUCAAUGAGUUAAUCGAGCUCGGGGUGGCAACACUUUUGGUACCAGGCAACCUUCCAAUUGGUUGCGUUCCUGCUUAUCUAACAGAAUAUGAGAGUUCAGAUAAGGACCAAUAUGACCCUUCAACUGGUUGUCUAAACUGGUUAAACAAGUUUUCUGGGUAUCACAAUGAUCAGCUUCAGAUAGCACUAAGUCGGAUUCGAAGGCUUCAUCCUCAGGUCACUAUCAUUUAUGCAGAUUAUUACAAUGCCAUGCUGCAAUUAUAUCAGUCUCCGGACCAAUUUGGAUUUACUGGGGAGACUAGCAAAGCAUGCUGUGGAGGAGGAGGGCCAUACAACUACAACUCAUCCGCACUAUGCGGAGAUGCAGGGGCAAGUGUUUGUGAGAACCCUGCGCAGUUUAUCAGCUGGGAUGGCCUGCACUCCACUGAAGCAGCAUACAGGUGGAUAACCAAGGCUAUAUUACAAGGAAAUUACACCGUUCCACGCGCUGAUGUUGUAUUGCAGAAAGUUAAUAAAAAUCAGUUUAUUUUGGAUGGGAGAGGGAGAGGGGGAGCGAUAGAGAAAGAGGGAGAGGGAGAGGGAGAGGUAGAUGUAGAAGAAGAGGUAGCUCAGGAUUUAUCAGGUGAACUCCAAAAGCAUGAUGUGGAGGAGGAAGGCCAUACAAUUACAACUCAUCAGCACAAUGUGGUUCUGCACAGGCAAGUGCCUGUGACAACCCUUGGCAGUUUUUCAACUGGGAUAACCAGUGAUUUGUUAAAAGGAAAUUACACCAUUCCCCCAAUUAGUACCUAG